AUGAUUGAAUUCAUGGACUACAUCGUGCACGCCUUCGGAGCAUCAACAGAUUGGAAUCCCGACAAUAGCUAUUCAUCCUUGACCGCAACCUCCGAUGCUCUCCUCUCAUUCAAUACUCCUUCCACUCUCGCACUCCAUGUCUCCUCCCUGUCCUCACGCAACUUCGCCUCCUCAUAUACCCUGUCCACUCUCGGCCAAAUCGAUGGCUCUCUCUCCUAUCUUUACACCACCGUUCCACUGGGGCACAUUCCCUCCCAAACACCGAGCAUCCCUUUGAGACAUCUGGUUAGAGGGUAUCGAGAUAUAAGACUGCCGACAUAUUCCAAGGGCAAGAGCAAGGCUUCUACAGGCACUGGUGAAAAGUCAAGGAAGCCAACCUUACUGCAUGCCACAUUAGCUCUUCCACCACCCUCCGUCUUGACCGCGUUAUAUGCACGCCGCAUAAAUCCCGAGACGCUCCUAUCGCUAUCCCUCUACAGCAAAUCCGUGACAGGGCCUUCCCUCAAUUCGAGAACGCCCCCGGCGUCAUGUCUAGCACACAUUCAGCAUGACACUGGCCAGUACUCAAUCGAGGGUUUGGCGUCCACUGAUAGUGCUCUGCUGGGCGUCCGAGGGUUGUGGAACUUUGGGAUCUCGCCGCCUGAAGAUUCGCAUUCACCUUCAUCCUCCAGUCCAAGGAUCGAGCCGCGUGAUGGCUUCAUUGAAUUCCCAUCUGGCCUUCCACUUCCUUCCAAUAUCGAUAGUCAAUCCGCAUAUCAGAACCGACUGGCAUCCAAGCCCUCACUCGUCUCCGCCGGAGCAGAGUUCUACUAUAGUCCAUUCUCCCACGUAAUUGGCCUCUCCACGGGCCUGCGCUUCACCACCCUGGCACCGAACAUCACUGCCUCGCCCAUGCCACCCCAAACCAGCUCUCAGCCAACACCCAACCCCGCCACGAACAAACCCCUCGCCGGAACCUCAUCCGCCCUCCUCUCCACCGCCAGCCACAGCCUCCUCACACCCUCGAACAUCCCGCACUCCUCCUUUCCCUAUACCAUGACCUUGACCCUGACACCACUGACGGGCUCCAUCUCCUCAUCCUACUCGGUACGCCCGACGCCCAACCUCGCACUCUCGUCCCGCUUCGACUUCAACUUCUACAGCUGGGAAUCACGAUACGUGGUGGGCGGCGAGCUAUGGCGACCCCGCCGUAAAACCACCACCGACCCCGAAGACCCAAUAGCAUGGGCACGCCUCAAGACCGCAGACUUCUUCACACCCGCCGAGCGCGCAUUGAAAGAACAGCGACUACAGCGCGAAGAGGAGAAUGUGUUGAAGUUCCGCGUGGAUGAUUCCGGGGUGGUCAGGGCCUUAUGGACCAGCCGGGUCAAGAGUCUACUCGUCUCGGCAGGCGUGAGUGUUUCGCCUGUCGUCAAGAACGGGCUGGGUGUCGUGCUCGCCAGUGGAAACGGGGCGAGUGACUUAGAUGCCGGGCCCAUCAAAAGAUGGAGCGGGACGGUCGGGGUAAGUAUUGCUUACUCGACUUGA